AUGGCCGGGGCAAUAAUCGAGAACAUGAGCACCAAAAAGCUCUGCAUCGUCGGAGGGAUCUUGCUGGUUUUCCAAGUCGUCGCCUUUCUAGUGGGAGGUCUGAUCGCUCCGAGUCCCACCACGGCCGUGUCCUAUCUGGCAAACAAAUGUGUAGAUGGGAGAAAGAACCAUCCGAAGUCCAAAUGGUAUUUGCCCUGGGGGUCCAAUUCGUGUAACAAAAUCAGAGACUUUGAUGAAGCAGUGAGCAAGCAGAUCGAAGCCAACGACAUUGUGUUUUCUGUUCAUGCUCCUCAUCCUCCCAAUGAGAUGAGCCCUUGGUUCCAGUUCAUGCUCUACGUUUUGCAAGUGGACAUUGCCUUCAAGAUGGACAACCAAAUUAAAAACAAUGCAGAGAUUACAUUUAAUGUGUCCUUGGGAUACCGUGAUGACAUGGUCAGUGACUGGCAAGCAAUGGCCUAUGCGGAAGAGACCCGGAAGCUCAAAUGUGACUUUCACCAUCUAAAAACUAAAGAGAAUGAAGGUAGCUUCUACGAAUGUGACGUGCUUCCAUUCAUGGAGAUUGGAACUGUUGCCCACAAAUUCUACCUUAUCAAUAUUCGGCUCCCUGUGCAUGAAAAGAAAGGUAUUAAUGUAGGAAUUGGAGAUAUAAGAGAUAUUCGUCUAGUGGGCAUCCAUCAAAAUGGAGGCUUUACAAAGGUGUGGUUUGCAAUGAAAACCUUCCUUACACCUAGCAUCUUCAUCAUCAUGGUGUGGUAUUGGAGACGGAUCACAAUGAUGACACGGCCACCUGUCUUACUGGAAAAAGUUAUCUUUGCUCUUGGGAUCUCCAUGACAUUCAUAAACAUCCCAGUGGAAUGGUUUUCUAUUGGAUUUGACUGGACCUGGAUGUUGCUGUUUGGAGACAUUCGCCAAGGAAUCUUCUAUGCUAUGCUUCUGUCAUUUUGGAUCAUCUUCUGUGGAGAGCAUAUGAUGGAUCAGAAUGAACGGAAUCGUUUCUCUAGCUACUGGAAACAAGUUGGGCCAAUUGCUGUGGGCUCCUUCUGUCUGUUUGUCUUUGACAUGUGUGAAAGAGGGGUACAAUUAAAAAAUCCAUUCUAUAGUAUCUGGACCACAGACGUUGGUACAGAACUGGCUAUGGCAUUUAUUAUUGUUGCUGGGAUCUGCCUCUGUCUCUACUUCUUGUUUCUGUGUUUUAUGGUGUUUCAAGUGUUCCGAAACAUCAGUGGCAAGCAAUCCAGCCUCCCAGCAAUGAGCAAAGCUCGCAGACUUCACUAUGAGGGGCUGAUCUUUAGGUUCAAGUUCUUGAUGCUGAUCACAUUGGCUUGUGCUGCCAUGACUGUAAUAUUUUUCAUCGUCAGCCAGGUGACCGAAGGCCAUUGGAAAUGGGGUGGCUACAUAGUUGAAUUGAAUAGUGCCUUUUUCACAGGGAUUUAUGGAAUGUGGAACCUUUAUGUCUUUGCCCUCAUGUUCCUGUAUGCGCCCUCACACAAAAACUAUGGUGAAGAUCAGUCAAAUGAUGACCUGGGAGUAAGCAGCGGAGAAGAACUUCAGCUCACGACCACCAUCACCCAUGUUGAUGGACCAACAGAGGUUUACAAACUGGCUCGCAAGGACGCCCAGGAGUAACCAAGAAAGCAUAGCUUAUCAAGCACAGAAAGCAACACAUGCAACAAUAGCAGUAUUUUC